GGAAGGCCACAUAGAGCGGCAGCAGCGAGCAUAUCGGUAGUCAAACAAUGUUGUUCCGGCUGGUCGGAUGUACGGGUUCGUUUUGAGUUGGUAAAGCUCGAUCAGGUUAUUCCGGUGAAUCAGUAAUGAUGCACGCGUACGGUUCAUCGGGUCCGAAAUCGCAGACAUUCUAACGAUCUUUAAUAUCACGAGAGCCCCGUAUUUUCGUUCAAGAAUUCAUCGGGUCUGUGCUAGUUUGAGCGAGCAGCCGAGUUUAUAAACAAAGAAUGGCCCUGGGGCCUCGUGAGGCCGGGCACACGAAGCCGCUGGUCCAGCUUUUCCCAAACGCAUCAGAAUGCGUAUACACGAGUUGUUAUUGUGAGGAAAAUGUGUGGAAGCUGUGUCAGGAUGUAGCCACGAGACACGGAUCGGAAUUACAGCAUUGCUAUGUUGCUUUCGUGAGCAACCCUUGGCGUAGGGUACCGCUUUGGCGACAACGGGCAGGAAGGGACGACGAUAAGCUUGUACUUUGGGACUUCCACGUAAUCCUUAUCUACGCACCCGACGAAAGGGCGGUCGUGUACGAUUUAGAUAGCGCGUUGCCGUUUCCCACGCAUUUCUGGAAAUACGCGAUGGAAACGUUUAGAUCGGACGAGGUGGUGCAACCGAAGCUUCACAGAAGAUUCCGAGUGAUCCCGGCCAGCGUGUAUUUGCGAGAGUUCGCGUCCGAUCGGCAUCAUAUGAAACGCGAGGAUGGCACAUGGAUCAAGACGCCGCCGGAUUAUCCGCCGAUCUCAAUACCAACGUGCAAGGACAACUUGGAUUCCUUUAUUAACAUGGAUCCAGGAACUGGGUUCGGGGUGGUGUUGACAUUAGAGCAAUUAUUCGACCGAUUUCAUAGGCCGAUCGCGAACACAACGGCUCCUCGUUCACCUCAGCCACAAGCGACACCGACUUAAGUGUAUACGGAUAAGUAAGUUUUGCAGGGUAAAAAUGAUUGUUUCGCUUCGAUUUCCAUUGUCUCAAAAUCAAUUGUAUGGCCUAAGGGAAUUGGCGGGUGUGCAUGCACUUUUUGCGAGCUGAAAUCACCGGGGUCAAAAGUUGAUAAUAAUAUUCACGUUUAAUUGUUGCUAAUCGCUCAAGAUCCGCAGCCGCGUUUCUAUCGUACCGGCAAAAAUACACUGGAACCGGAUCGCUUAAUUUCUCCGAGACAUUCCUGAUUACGAAUACUCGCGUUCACUUUUAAUCGUAUACUUUUUUCCAUAUUUCGUUCUUGUCUUCGAAUUGUAAUCCUAGAAUUUUUAGUCGAGACCCAACAACCCUGUUUAACUAUUGUCUUGAGUGCUACGCACAAAAUUCGAUACCAGAAGAAAACGUUCGUAAUUCUAUGGAAAUCAAAAUCUUACAAAUCUAUCGCUAGAAAAAGAAAAUAGUUCGUGUCGUCAGUGUCGAUACGCAAGCUCGCGAUUACGUAAUUUCGGCGGAUCACGUGUGCUGCGCUGCUUUCUUUCCGAAUAAUCUUAAAAUAAGUAUUACCCUGUUGUAUUUCUAGGCUAUGCUGAAAAUAUGGUUGUUUCCCAUCUUGUUAAAAAGUCUCUUUUGCAGACACCGUCGCGGAGACCUUUCCGUCUUCGUGCCAGCACGUUACGAUCAACCGUAUUCCAAGUUUUGAGUUGUGGUUCAAUAAGCGUCCUCGUCUUCGUACGUUCUAUCAUCCCAUUCGUAAUGAAUCUUUGUCACGACUUUGCUCUAUCGAUGGUAUUUAUAUCGUUAUCAUUAUUGCGUCAAAGACUGAUUGUAUUUGUAGCGGAUAAUUCUUCGAAUUUCGAGGAAAAGCAUACCGUUUUUCAAUGAUACAGAUAUCUAUUGGCGCGCGUUCUAGGCACAGACGCGACCGAAUGCGCUCGUUAAUUAUUACGCAGUCGAUAUAGUAAGGGCAAGAACUUUGUCUUUGCGAAAUACUGUAAUUAUUACGAUUAUUGUAAUUCUUGUGAUACUUUACACUUUCUACUUUGAAUACCUACAAGCUAUACUUGUCUACUGUUUGUACUAAGAAAAAGAAAAUACAACUGAUUCUUAACGACCGUGCGUUCGCUCGUCGACGGGAAUUAUUUUCGGGGAUCGUAAAAGCCUCCUGCACGACCAAUUGUCCACAUCGAAGGAUCGUUUUUGAGUCAACGAAUGCGUGUAUCCUUUGGAUUCCAGGUGAACAACGAAAACUUGGAGAAGAAAGUGACUUAUUCGUCUCUGUUACGCGAUAUUAUAUUCCUUGAAACUGUUACAGUGAGAGGUUAUUGUACAAGUUUGUUCGACGAGCGAACGCAAUCGAGACCGUCGGUUCGUCGUUUCAACGGGGAGAAGGAUGAAUCAUUAAAGAAUAGAAAGAACCGUCGGUCGUUGUCGAUAGUUUAAGAUUUCGUCCACUCUUUGCCUUCCAGAAUCUUCUCACUAGUUCUCUUUGUCUUUUUAUCAUCGAAAUGUGUUUCUCUCCGAUUCGCAUAUAUACCAUCUUGUAUACUUCUUGCAUAAUCGGACAUAAAUCACGACACGGAACAAGUCCUCGUCGCUUUCGCAUGAACACCGGCGUCGUACAAUAUAUACGAAUAAACUUGGGACCGAUCUUUCUAGAUUAUAAUAAUAUCUUUGAUCACCGGAAUAGUAAAA